UGUUUAUAAUAUACCCUCUGGUUAUUGAAUGCCAGUUUAAUAUGACUGCAUACAGGAAAAUGCCACCUCUUUACAUCCUAGAUGAUUAUGAUGCCUGUUUGGAAACUGAAAAUAAAGCAACUUACUGUUUAGCUAUUGGGGAGAUAGUGCCAAAUGAUACUUCAGAAUUAUGGCAACAAAUUGAAACCUUUUCUUCGGAAACUAAACUUCAUUUCCAACACAAUUAUCUUUACUUUGGAGUCUGUUUGGAUUCUUGUCAACAAGCGAUUAACAACUUGAACUCAUCUUCGAAAGAAAAUCUUUACACCGGAAAUAUUAAAAAUACCGAAUUGAUUGAAUACUUUUCUGAAAUAAAUAAAGAAGACUCAGAAGCAAGAUUUCAAAAUGAAAAAAUCAUAAACACUUGCAUUAAUUAUAACUUUGAAAAGAAGUACAACUUACAAACACGUUCUUUUCUUGAGUAUUGUGUCACAAACGAAUUACCUCCAAAUUAUAGUUAUUUGGAAAUAGUUUUUUUGGUACUUCUUGGAACGCUUUUAUUUUUAGUUGUUGUCUCAUCGAACUAUGAUCGACAGCUAAAAAAUAAACAAGUUAAUUUUCAAGGCAAUGAGUUUUACCAAAAAAGUUUAUACAGUUUACUCUUUUUAGAGGACACUUUAUUAACCUCAUUUUCAAUAUGUCGUAAUUACUACCGUCUAGUGGUGCCAUCGAAAAGUGAACUUUCUCGUGAUCUAAGAUUUCUUGAAACUUAUAGAUUUUUUGCUACUCUUAUGGUAGUCUUUGGACAUGUUCUGCUUUCAAUAAAGGGUGUUCCUUUGCAGAAUACUCAAUUCAUCGAACAAAUGUUCUACAAAAUUGAAUCACAAAUAUUUAUAAAUGGAACCGUAAUUAUACAAGUAUUUUUAGCCAUGAGUAGUUUUUUGUUGUGUGUUCAUUUUCAAAAAACAUUAGCGUCGAAAAAACCUGGUAUAGCAGAGUGGGGACAAAUGAUUUUGUAUCGAUAUUUGAGAUUAGCUCCUUCAUUAGGUUUUAUGAUACUUUUGAACGGGUCAGUGCUUCCACGUUUCCAAGAAGGACCAUUUUGGAAACACAGUGUUGGUGCUGAAAAUGUCCUUUGUCAGGAAACAUGGUGGAGAAAUUUGCUUUUCAUCAAUAAUUUUACUUUGAGGAAGAGUUGUCUCCAACAAACCUGGUACCUUGCAACCGAUUUUCAACUUUAUGUUUUGUUUGCUGCUCUUCUUAUAUUCAUUGCAAGGUUCCCCAAAACCAGAAACUAUGUAUUAGGACUAGCCGUUAUAAUCUCAUUUCUUUGUACAGGAUUAGUAACGUAUUAUCUUGAGCUUGAUGCAGCACAUCAGGAAACUCCAGAUUCAUACCGUUAUUUGUUUUGGACAAAGGGUGAAACCAUUUACAAAGGUUAUGCUCCUUUUUAUAUGAAUUUUGGAGGAUUUGUUUUUGGAACAAUUACUGCCCUAAUUUAUUUAAAAUACAAAAACGAAGGAUUGGAUAUGAAAGGAAAAAAGUCAACAAUCAACAAGAUAAUCUUUUUAACAAUUCCUCUUCCAUUUCUGAUGUUGCUGUCUGGGCAUAUUUUUUAUAAAUACAAAUUUAUGAAACCCUCCGUUUGGAUCGCUAUCUAUGCUGGAUUAUUCCGAAACAUUUGGGCAAUAUGGUGUUGUUCUCUGUUUCUAAUGAUGGCAUUCAAAAUUGGAUCAACUGUUUAUAAGUUUUGCUCGUUGAGAGUGUUUGCUCCUUUGGGACGACUGUCAUUCCAAGUCUUCUUGAUUCAUACUGUAAUCAUUCGUUGUAUUGUUGGUUGUAUUCGUCAACCUAUAUUUAUAAAUAAUUUAGUAUUGACGAUGUACAUAGCUGCAAGUGUGUUUAUAUCUUUUUUCUUUGCAUUUUUCUUGUAUACAUGUUUCGAACUGCCAUUAGCCACUAUUAUAAAUGCAGUCAUCAAAGGACUUGGAGCACCUACAAAGCCUACGAAUUCUUCUAUGACAACAAGUUCCCCAAGCAAAGAUAACAAGGAAGAGAUAACAACAGCUUAAAGUAUAUAACUUUUCAAAGUCGUUUGAAAUUUAAGUAACUAUGUAUGUUAGAUAUUUUAAA